AAGAUUAAUAAUUUACUCUUCUGAAAAAGAUAAUAAUUAAUAGUUGAAUGAAUCAGCAUCCUCAAGGCUAAUUUUAAUUUAUCAAAACCUACUUUCUAAAGAGUAGUAUUGCCAGAUAAAUAACACCUGAUAGUUCAGAUGACAUUUCCCCAGAGUAUUAUUGAAUUUUACAUUUAGAUUAUUGGAUGAGCAUUUCUAGAACGAUAUAUCACACAGAAGAAUCAAAUCUGAUGUAGUGCGAUAAAAAGAAGCCGAAAAGCUUCUCUUAAUCUAAUAGUAGUAUUCUUAACAAACAGAUACCUCUACAUAUACCCAAAGCUUUAUGUCAUAGGGAAUUUUGAAAAAAUCACAACGAAGUAGAAGCAAUAAAAGUUAGAGAAGAAAGUCUCAUAAUAAAAAAGUGCAUUUUAUAUGA